AUGAAGGACGAAGAAGUAGAGGGAGCGGAAGAGACGUGGCGCUCACGUCUCAUAAUAAACAGAUUCAGCUUCAUUGGUCUUGAUGCUCGAUAUGUUCUGAAACAUCAAUGACCGCCGGACCGCCGACACUCUGACGGAGGGGCUUCGUGACUUCAGGCUGAGCGUAUUAAGGCUUUAUCCGGACGACCGUCCGAUCAGGGUGUUCUGGGAGUCACUUCCGAUGACGUCACACCACUUAAUCACUCUGUACCGUGGAGACCCCGUUCCCGGAGAUGGGUUUGUGUAAGUGUCCCAAGAGGAAGGUGACCAACCUCUUCUGCUUCGAGCACCGAGUCAACGUGUGUGAGCACUGCCUGGUCUCCAACCACAACAAGUGCAUCGUGCAGUCGUACCUCCAGUGGCUCCAGGACUCCGACUACAACCCCAGCUGUCGCCUGUGUGACCAGCCGCUAAACGACCAGCAGACCACCAGGCUGGUCUGCUACGAUGUGUUCCACUGGGCGUGUCUGAACGCGGCGGCGGCGCGGCUGCCCCUCCACACGGCCCCGGCGGGGUACCAGUGCCCCAGCUGCCAGGGGCCCGUGUUCCCCCCCCCCCACCUGGCCAGCCCCGUGGCCGACGCCCUCCGGGACCAGCUGGCCUCCGUCAACUGGGCCCGGGCCGGGCUGGGGCUCCCCCUGAUCGAGGAGCCCCCCCAGGCAGACCCCCACGACGUGACCGACUACAGGGAGUGGUCCACCUACGAGGGCCGGGAGCAGAGUGAGGCGUACCCCAGCCACUCCUACCCCCCCGGGCCCAGCCAGGCCCCUGUAUGUGAGGACCACCCCGCCCAUGAGGACCGGGGGGGCCCCCACCACCACGAGGGGGGGGGCCACCACCACGGGGCCGGCCCCCACCACCACGAGGGGGGGGGCCACCACCACGGGGCUGCCCCCCCCGCCCCCGAGCACUCCGGGGCCAACUUCACCAGUGCAGGCCCCUGCGACCCUGGCCCCAUGCACACAGCGUCCGCGCCCAGGAAGGUGUACGACGCCCGGGGCGACGCCCACAGCUCCGUCACGCAGAUCGACUUCGACGACGACAAAUACCGUCGCCGGCCAACGCUCAGCUGGUUCGCCCAGAUCCUCAAGAACCGCCGCGGCACUAAGAAGAGCUCCCUGAGCUGGAGGCAGAAGGUCUUCAUGUUCAUGCUGGUGGGCGUCCUGGCCUUCCUCACCCUCAUCAUCGUCAUGGCCAAGCUAGGCCGCGCCUCCGCCGGCUCCGACCCCAACCUCGACCCCCUCAUGAACCCCAACAUCCGCAUCGGGAAGAACUAACUAACCCCCCCCUCUUCACGUCACGGUCUGGGGGUCACGGCUGAUGGCGUUGUUGUCAUGGCGACGGCGGACCACCAGAGGGCGCUAGAGCGUACGGAGGAGGGCUGGGGGCGGGGCCUCUCCAGCCCCACGCGGUCGGCGGCUGUGAUUGGAUGAAGGCGUCCGACUCUGACUCUUGUAAAUCGGUAUUUGUAUAAAAUAAUCCUUUCUGCUUGAAGUGGCUGAAGUUUUAACGUGUUAGUUGGGGGAUUGUGGACUCAGCGGGCGUCGGUGUGUGUGUAAUAUAUUGAUCUUGAAUGUUGCUGUAUGAUUGGCGGUUGACCCUUAGAGGUCGCGGUCCACAGGGGUCAUUCCAGCUCUUUAUUCCCUUCAUAUUCUCAUCAUCUUGUAGAAGGUCAGAGGUCAACUCUGGCUUCUUCCAAAAAAGGACACACCAAGAUGGCUGCCAGGGUGGUCAGUUUAGCCUUUUCUGUGCAUUUCUGAACUAUGACUAACAAUAUCUAUACAGUCCAAACCCUGUCACUAUACUGCUGUACGUGUCCCCAUGCAUACUGUAACCUUAUUAAAUGGGACUCCUGGAACCUGC